AUGACCAGCCCCUCAACGAAACGUCUCCUCAAAGAAUCAACCGACCUUCACAAAAAUCCAAGCCCCUACUUUACCGCCUCACCAACAAGCGACUCAAACCUCCAUGACUGGCACUUCACUAUAACGGGACCGCCAAGUCCAACGCCCUACGCCGGCGGUCUUUAUCAUGGACGGAUAACCUUUCCACCAACCUAUCCACUUCGACCACCGAGCUUUCGAUUCCUCACCCCGUCUGGCCGCUUUGAAACAAACCGCGAGAUAUGUCUAAGUAUCUCAGGGCAUCAUGAGGAAACGUGGCAACCUGCGUGGGGAGUGCGGACAGCAUUACUGGCUAUUCGAUCGGAGAUCAUGGGCGGGGAAAGCAAGGGACAGGUUGGUGGGAUGGAGGGAAGUGAGGAAAUGAGAAAGGAACUUGCGCGGGUUAGUGGACAGUGGUCUUGUCGAGAGUGUGGUGUUAGUAAUGGGACGAUCAUGAAAGAGUGGUGGGAUGUUUGUGCUGAACGGGGUGUUGAGGUUGAUGAUGAGGUCUUUACGGGGUCUGGAAGUAGACCUGAAAGUAAUGGGACUGCAAAUAAAACGAAGACUGAGAGUGUACCUACACCUGCUGUUGAUGCGGCGGUGGAGAGCACGGCGCAACAGGAUGAUUCAUCGUCGACAAAUCACACCUCACCAUCAAAUGGAGAAUCCCAAGCUGAUAUCCAGCCACGAAUAGAAGCGCAAUCACAAGCAGCUGCGCCGGUCGACACCGCGGUGCAAUCGCAAUUGCCCACUACAGGUGCAGCUCCAGCCUCUGUAUCAUCCCAAUCCUUACAAUCAACUGCACUGCAACAUCGACCUGUGCCGGUAUCCUCGACAACAGUACAGCCCUCUGAGCCUGCGAAUAAUCCAUGGUUAGACAGGGCUAUUGUGGCUGUUGUCCUUGCAUUGAUCCUCUUGAUGUUACGGCGGACACUGGAUGUCGACGAUCUGUAA